AUGCCACACUUCACAUCAACGAGCACGUUCCCCGAAGAGUUAAUUACGUUACCGGAGGGUUCGUCGCUGGAGGUUCUUGCCGUGCACUACACCAACUACGUUCUCUUACAACUGCGUCUUAAUGGGGAGAUGGAUUGUACCGUCGAGGUUUCGCGGCGUGGGUUGAGUUCAGUUGGGCAGGAUUCCCUUGGGAACCCGAUUGCUGGGUUUUCGGGAGCUCCCGAUUUGGAAGACGAUGCUGAUGAACAGGAUUUUGCCAGAGACAACAUGGCAGACUACCAUGUCAUCACGAAGCUUGGGGAUCCAAACGACACGAAGACCCCAGUAAUUGCCACACAGAUAGCGGAGCUGUAUCAGAGAGUGAUCCUACCGAAUGUGCCCGGCUCAUUGAAGCAGUCGACAGAAGACCCAGCUAGUACAAGCUUAAUUGUCACUCUGAGCAGCAAGAUCUGGCGUGACGAUACGGAGGAUUUCCAGAAGCUGGUCUACGUGCUCCAAACCAUCAAGGAAAUGUACCACUUGUGA